CCUGACACGCGUGAGUUAUUGCUCGAGACACUGACGCAUGUCACAUUAAGCUGAACUCAUCAUGACUAUAAAUACACUACGAAAUGAUGAGACUGAGUGUUCUAUUGCUCCUGUUGCUGACUUGCUAUGGUCUAGUCGUGAGCACACCGCAGCUGCACCUUGUCAAGCGAUCGCUAGACAACGCGAAGCACAUCACACAAACUAUCAUCAAACAUGACACGGAGAAGAUGGUGCUGACACCUCUCCACACUGUCGUCAUCGAGUCUGCAAGAAAACCGAAGUCACAGUCUUUACCUAUAUCCAUUUCCAUACCGCAUCAGUUACUAGUGUCUAACUUACAUGUCAUACCGAUCUCCAACGUCCACCAAGUCCAUGGGAACGCGCACCGUGAUGUGCCCACUGUUAUCUCGCAUACGGUAUCUCAUGGAUCCACAAACGUCACGCACCAGCAGUUGGUACCUGUGUUGAUACCCAUUCACAAUCAUCUAGUGCCGGUCCACGAUUUGACUGUCAUACCGCUACAUAGUGUUGUGCACAAGAAUACCAAGAUAGGUUACAAACUAACCGACAACCACGUUCAAGAUGAAUCCAUUAACAGUUACCGGAACCCGCUCGGUGGGUAUGGCGCGGGUUGGUACUUCGGUGGCCACGGCGCUGGACAUGGAUUCCAUUAUUCUUAUGGAUAGUUAAUUGUUAACAGCUUUAUUGUUUAGUAUUACUAUGAUUAUUAAUUU